UCUCCUGUAACAUUUUUAUGUUAUUAAAAUCCUCUGUUCACAAAUUUAGUUGUCCCAAUUCAAAACCAUAUAAUUAUAUUAUAUAUACAAUUUUUUUUCUUUAUUAAAAUCAUCAAUAACAACUCUCCAUCUAUCUUUCGAUCUCUCUGCCGAUCUCUCUCUCUCUCUCUCUUUCUAUCCAACUUGUGAUGCCUUCAGGAGCUUUACAAUGGUUAAGCCUUGUAGGUAUCAUAUGGCUACAAGCCAUCAAUGGAACCAACACCAAUUUCCCUGCUUACUCCUCCCAACUCAAGCAUGUCUUCUCCAUGACCCAACUGCAACUCAACAACCUAGCUUUCGCCUCCGACGCCGGAAAACUCUUCGGUUGGUUUUCCGGCAUUGCGGCCGUUUACCUUCCCCUCUGGCUUGUCCUUCUCAUAGGCUCACUUCUUGGUUUGACCGGUUAUGGUCUCCAAUACCUCUCCUUAACAAACCAUAUCUCAUCUCUUUCUUAUCUCCAAAUCUUCGUCCUCACCGUCUUGGCCGGUAACAGCAUCUGCUGGCUCAACACUGUCUCUUACGUCGUCGCCAUUCGCAACUUUCCCCGCAAGUACCGUCAAAUCGCCGUUGGUUUAACGACGAGUUAUCAAGGAUUAAGUGCCAAGAUUUAUACAGACGUGGCUGGUUCUCUCUUCUCGUCCGCAGUUUCUUCAAGUAGUGGUGGUACUAUGAAGGGGGCCCAGGCUUACCUUCUUCUCAACUCAGCUUUACCACUCAUCGUCACCGUUAUAACGGCGCCGUUUGUCAAAGAAAUGAACGUAACCAGGCCUGGAGACAUGAACGUUGGGUUUGUAGUAAUGUUUUUUAUAACCAUAGCUACUGGUGUUUAUGCUGUGAUCAGUAGUUUGGGGUUGAUUAUGUCAACUUCUGCUCUGAAACGAGUUAUUGGUACUUGUGUUUUUUUAUUGGCACCGCUUGUGAUUCCGGUCGCAGAGAAACUCCGACAACUUUUGGAGAUGUAUUACUGCAGUGUAAAUAGGGAGACGAGAGUUUACCAUUUUACCAUAGAUGAAAAUGGUAUGGAAAUUGAAAUUGGUCGUGAUGGUCAUGAUGUGUCGAAAUUUGAUGGAGAUCAUCAAGAUCAAAAUGGUAGAGAAGUGGUAAUCAAUGGUCAGGAUGAUCGUGAUCAGGAUCAUGGUGAUAAUGGUGAUGAUGGUGAUGAUGUUGGGGUUAGAGAGGAGAUUGGAGUAAAAAAGAUGCUAUUAAGAAUUGAUUUCUGGUUAUAUUUUUUUGCUUAUUUUUUUAGUGCUACACUUGGUUUAGUGUUCUUAAACAACUUGGGACAAAUAGCUGAGUCUCGAGGCUCUAACAAAACCUCUUCUCUUGUUUCAUUGUCUUCUUCAUUUGGGUUCUUUGGUCGGCUCAUGCCUUCUCUUUUAGACCACUACUUUUCAAGGAGAAAGUCAGUGGUUUCAAGACCAGCUUUAAUUGCGGCCUUGGUAGCUCCAAUGGGAGGAGCUUUCUUUUUACUACUCAAUUCAACAAACAUUGCUUUAUACACAAGUACAGCAACUAUAGGAGUUUGUACAGGAGCAAUCACUUCGAUUUCAGUGUCUACAACCACAGAGCUAUUUGGGGCUAAAAAUUUCUCAGUGAAUCAUAAUGUUUUGGUAGCCAAUAUCCCAAUUGGGUCAUUUGUUUUUGGCUACCUGGCUGCUCUGCUCUACCACCAACAAGGAAAUGGAGAUGGAAAAUGCUUAGGAACAAAAUGCUAUAGAGACAGUUUCCUCAUUUGGGGUUCUCUCUGUUUUCUUGGCACAAUUUUGGCUAUAAUUUUAUGUGCUCGUACACGCAAGUUUUAUUCGCAGAGAUAAUUAUUUUGUGUCACAAUUUAUAUAUAUAUAUAUAUAUAUAAACAUAUGAGACUACUCUAUUCUUCAUAGAGUUUCUUAAUGAAGUGUGACAUAUUUUUUUGUCUGUUAAAUAUAUAUAUAGCUCAUUUAUCUUGUACAAGAAUGAGUAUAUAGUAGGACAAUUAGAAUUGAAGUCUGAAUAUUAUUUAUGUAUAGAAAUUUACAAUAGAUGAUAAAUGUAAUAUUAUUGUUUUGAUUAGA